AUCCCUACGCCAUCGUGUCCUUCCUGCACCAGAGCCAGAAGUCCCAGGUGGUGAAGAACACCCUGAACCCCACGUGGGACCAGACCCUGAUCUUCCACGAGAUCGAGAUCUUCGGGGCCCCCCCGGGCGUGGCCCAGGAUCCCCCCAGUGUGGUGGUGGAGAUCUACGACCACGACACCUACGGAGCAGACGAGUUCAUGGGCCGCUGCAUCUGCCGGCCCAGCCUGGAGCGCUCGCCCCGCCUGGCCUGGCACCCCAUCACCAAGGGCAGCAGGAACGUGGGGGAGCUCCUGGCGGCCUUCGAGCUCAUCCAGAGGGAGAAGCCGGCUGUCCAUCACAUCCCCGGCUUCGAGGUAAUUCCUGACUCCUUCCUGCA